AUGGACUUUGCGCGGAAAAUCGGUAAAUCUAACGAGCCUCGAGUCUGGAAAAGGACUCGUCAACCACUUAUAAAGACCAAGGAUGUCCUCUUUUCUGAGAAUAUAUUAGUUUCUGAAGAUCGUCGUUUUGUAAAUUGGAAAAAGUGGCUCGCCGAUCGAAAGAAGCAAAAUCGUCGCAUCGAGGCUGUUACCGGUCGCUCGCAAGUCGAUCAACUGCAAAGUUCCUCGGAUAGAUUUCGCGCUUUUGUCGAGAUGAAAAAUUUAAUGGAGAACGCGGCUAUACCGGUACCUAUAAUCGGCGAUAAAUAUCGCGGUGGUCCGGAAUUUUGGCGAACGCCCGAAUUUUUGCCGGAUCGCGACGCUUGUCACUUACCCAAAAUAUCUUUGGCUCCAACUAGAAAAGACCUAAAUCUUCCUCUUGAUUUAAUGCACGUUGGAUUGCCGGAUUUAAUAGCGAAGGAGCGAGAUCUUACCGCGUUGAAAACCAAGGAAGAAUCCUGGAAACGUAACGAAUAUCUGAAGACGCGUAAACUCGAGCUGGCUGAGGAAAUCGCAUUGUUGUUACCGAAAGAACCGGAAACAGCAGCGUUGAUCGUUCAAGGACACGCCUUUCGAAAGAAGAAAAAAAGAAAACCACUAUUACGAAUUCCCCCGAUAACUAUCACGGAGCCCGAUGAUGAUGAGGAGUCACGCGAAGAUGCUGAUCAGACGGUAAUCCUGAAGAUCCAAGAAUGUGAAUUCAUCUGGCGAAAAUCUCUCUUCGAGCCGGUGGACACCGAUCCCAUCACGUGGUCUCUAAUUUUCGCGAGUGAGAUUGAUGAGUUAGUCGAAAAAGAAAUAGUCCUCGAGAACAAAGGAACCCGUGUUAUCGUAUAUCAUUGGCGAGAUUCACCCUUUCGAUCGAACAGUGUAUCUUGCGAGAUACGCGGCAGUCCAUUCUUCUUUAACAAAACGAAAGGUCUGAUACUUCCUGGGCAGAUCGUAAAAAUCAAAAUAUGGUUUCGAUCGAGAACACGAGCAGUCUUCACUGAAUCCUGGCGAUUCGUCACAGAACCGAAAUUGAGUCCCUCGACAUUCAUAUUUCGUUUCUGGGGCUCAGCAAGCGACAGUCGGAGCACAGAACUGAUCGAUCAUCGAGCGAUUGACGAACAUUUGGAUCGUCGCAUUUGUGAUUCGACGAUACGCUCGAUCGUCGAGGAAAUUUUGACCAACGUAGAAAAUUACGAAUUACCAGAGCCUGCUUACAAGACAUUACUUUCGCAAGGCGACCUCUUUACCACUCUAAAUCCUUGUUAUUAUUAUCAUCCAAGUAUUGUGAUGCAAUUGCAGAAAAUGUUUUGCGACGUUAUUAAUAAAAAUUCGUCGUCCUGGAACUUGUCGCUGAAUACUCUGCGAGAUAUGCUUUUACAAGUAGAGGAUACAAAUGAUAAAUGCGACAUGCUCGCCCGGUUCAACGAUCUUUGCAAGCAAAGUCUCAGACCCAGUUUGAUAGAAUUUGAUUUCGCUCGUAAGAAUAAAUAUGACGUUGUGUAUAAUAUCUUAUGCGCUUUCGCGAAUCGUUUUGAAGAUGAGAGUGAACUCGUGAAAAAGAACAGUUUAAUACGAGAAGAGUCUACAAUAAAAAUAGACCAACAAGAAUCAAUGCUUUUGUCACAAAGAUCCAAUAAAAAUCUCUUCCAUAGAGAAAAGUCAAUCGAUCAAAUAGAAACGUUAGUGCAGGAAGGAAAGGAAAGUUACGAUUUAAAUUUACAACCUUAUAGAGAAAUCUUUUUUAUUCGUAUAUAUAAAGCUUUGGAAGAAGCAAUAGAACGAGCUUGCGCCAGUAUCGAUUCUUUUAAUAAGCUUAAUGAGUUUAAGGAGCACAAAUAUAACGCAGAUAAUAAUUUUCACAAUGUAGAAAUAAUAUAA